UUACAACGUCAUUAUUCAUUCUCGUUUACUUGCGUCUGUCAAUCGGUUUUCUUUCAGUUAAUUAUUGAUCCCUUGAAGCAUGAAGAUAUCAUAAUUUUUUCCACGAGGCAUUAUUCAAGUUCACUAGUACUUUUUUUAUAACAUAGAGAAUAAGCGAGAAAAAUGACUCUAAUUGAAGGUGUAGGUGAAGAAGUGACGGAUUUCUUUAUCAUACUUGGAGUUUUGUUGAUUGGUUGGCUCGCAUGGUGUUCGACAAAUAUUAGCGAACAACCUUUAAUACGCACAGUACUUAUUUUGCAACAUCGCACACGCACACGCAUCUCCGAAUUGUCAGCCGCCAACGGUGUCAACUCAGCUAGUCAAACUUCAAGUAUGGAUUUACCGGAGGACGAAAUCAGAUUAUCAGGCCCAGCGAAUAUUAACAAUCCACAAACGCCCCCCGACGGUGUUACAGAAAUGUCUGCGGAAUUGAAUGCCACUACAAAUGCAGUUGAAACUACUUCAGAAGGCGUUUUGAUCGAAGCGAUGGAUUCAUUCAAUAAUGACGAUUCGCGGUUGCUUCAGAGGCCCGCAAAAAUAAGCACUUCUGAUUCGCAGCCCAAUGUAACGGAACAUACUCCUGAGGUAAUUGCAGAGCAAUUAUCCGAAGAUCUGUCGCCGCUGAGCGAAGAAACUAAAAUAAGCAUAAAAUUAAAAUUCAUCAACGAUGAACAGAAGCUGGUAAUCGGAAAUCUGAAGGAAAUGCUUGGCGACUUUAAAAGGAGGAAUUUUCAAGAUGAGCUAGAAUCGCAGAAACUAGUACGUCUAGUUUUCAACGGACAAGUUCUUCAGCCAGACAGUAAAACGCUAGAACGAUGUGGACUCUUCCACAACUGUGUAGUACAUUGCCUUGUACAUCAGCCUCGGCCAGCUUCGACAACGGCACCAUCGCCACUGGAAAACUCAUCUUCAAUUUACUUUAAUCCCCAAAAUUUUCAAAACAUUCCUGCCGCCACAGGUCUUAGUUCGUUGCAGGACGAAUGGGAUCUCAGUAGACUGCUGUGCAGCGUUUUAACACUCUUUUUAGGAAUAGCUUGGUAUUCACAUUUCCAUUACUCCCAACUCUUCACAGUUACGACGACGCUUGCCCUCUAUGCGCUAACGGCGAUUUUUACAGUUUCCCUAUUUGGCCACUUUUUCUCAAAUCCAGAAAAUGUCUUCGUCAUCGAAUAAGUCGAAUUUGUCAAGCCAAAAGGGACAAUUAAUUGUGAUUUUAACUGCGUGAGUAGCUUGCUGGUCUUCGAGUGCCACAAGUUCUCUGAUAGACAAGAAUGAGUAUAAUAAUCGGUGAUCCUAGUCUGUUAUGUACUUUCAUUUAAUAAGAAAUUCAUUGUUUUACCCGAAGGAAAUGAGAAGUUGAGGGUUGCGGGAACCAGGAAUUUCCCAUUUUGAUCGCACAUGGAAUUGUUGUCAGUGAAACAGGUUUUGACCGCAUGGUUUAUCGACCCAAAAUCAGAUGGAGAGAAAGGUAUAAUUGCGUAAGUUUUAGAUAAUAUAUAUUUUAAAUAUUGCUUGAAAAUCUAAAAGUUUCAGUGCACUUUAACAUUUUUUGAAUGCUUUGUUUCUGACAAAACAAAUAUUCAACAAAAAUAUUGAAAACCUUAUUCAAACAAUUAUUCCAACUUCACACGUUACAUUAGGAAAACUGCACUGACCAAUCAGAAAAAUGGUUAUGCAGUAUCUUCUAAGUAUACAGCUGGACAGGUAGCAAAAAUUUAAGUUCGAAUUUCUUACCAAAACAGUACAGUUUUGCUUGAACUAUAAAACCUCAGAAAGACGGUUAUGAUCAUGAAUAAUCUUAUUGAAGUAUGUGAGAGUUGCGAGAGUGAUAUGAGUCCAAAAAUAACCUCGUGCCAAUCAGAUGUCAGAAUCUUGAGCACAUGUGAGAUAGGUUUUUCGGAUUUUACUUAGAACGUUCUCAGAUAUUAAUCGGAGACUCUAAAAGUGGUGAAAUAGUAUGUAUUAUCAAAAAAUUGAAAAAGUAAAUUUUGUCAACAUUAAAAAAACAUUUAAACUUAUUUUUAAAAAAACUUCUUUAAGUAAUUAAAUUAAGUGUUCCUUAGUGCUUUUUUAAUUGCACAAGGAAGCUGAAUUUUCAAAAAUAAGCAACCACUCCAUUUAACAAACCGAAAUGAUAUGGAUUGGCUCAGGUUUCAUGCUGGCUGCUCGGCAAUACAGUUGUUGGAAAAGCCGUUGGAAAAAAAAUAUCACAUCUCGUGUCACUUUAAUUUUUUUUUAGAUUUUAAUACAAUGUGAAUAGUUUUAAAAAAUAUCGGGAACUUUCGAAAGUAAGAAAAUGAAUUAAUAACUUAUACUAAGUAGAUUAUUAUUAUUAUUAUUAUUAUUAUUUAAACAUGGAAGUGGAUUUUUACAAAUACAUUUAUGAAGUGCAGAAAUUAAAUAGUCAUAAAAAUAUUUAUAUAUGAUCCUAAGGUUUGCUGGAUUUUACGGAAUGUGUUUUAUUCAAUUAUAUAAUUAUGUAGUGAAGAAACAUAUUUUCCACAUUAAACAUGUUGCAAACGAUUUAAUUGGAGCGUUUUCUGCAACACAGCGAUAUAGGUGACUUCAAUGGAGUCACUUGUUAAUCAGAGUAUAUUUCAAUUUAAAAAAACAAUUAAAAUUGUACAGUGUAUAUACUUGAUAUUUAAUUAAUAUUAGAUUGAUUAUAUUUAAAAUAGUGUAGCGGUGUUCAUCUUGCAAUGUUAUUAAAAAAUAAUUUAAAUGUAUAAUAGUUAUUUAUUUGAUCUUAUAAUAAUGAUGUAACUGAAAAAAGCUAAUAGUAUCGUACACUAUCAUUUAUCAUAAUUUGAGUAAUUGUAUAUUGCCUUCUGUUUUGAAGAUUUCUAACGGUUUAUUAUGUAUUUAGAUCAGUGUCCAUAUUAAAUAUAGGAAAAGUUUUAGAAAAAAAGUUAUUUGUGAUACAGGUGCGUAAACCAGGUUAUUUGCAUCGAGUAUAAUAAUGCUUGCAGCAUGAGCCGCACGCAAGUACUGCAUCCACACGAGUACCCUAGUAGCGCGGAAUAUUCCCUGAGCGAGUAAAAUGUCCGCUACUUGGGAAAGUUCUAGAAACAUUCCACUGAAACAUUCAAAGAAUAAAUUAUCGUUAUUGUUAUUAUUAUCAAUGAAUAUCCGAUAAACCGUAAGUGAUAGGUUAAAAUUAAUGUCAGUUUAUGAUGUACGAGGUGUUUUCGAAAAAUAAGAUGACUUUAUGGUUUUCUCAAAAAA